AAGGUGAGCGAGUGUCUGGAGGGGAGGACUCGGGAGCGCGACCAGCCGAGGGAUCGAUCGGAUUAAACUCGAUUCGAGUGAAAUUAACACAAAGGAGAGAAGAGCAACGCACACUAGUCGGCGAGGUUGCGGAUGCGAGACACGCCGGAGAAAUAUUUCAUGAAAAACGUAAAACUUGAACUUUUUUUCCUCUGUUUAUUUAUAUUUCAAACGAAAAAGCACCACGGUGGAUUUUUUUUUUUUCAAGCAAGCGGAGAUACUAACCCUGCCAACAAGGAGUUGAUUUGAUUAAAAAACCCGAAGUGACCGAGCUUGUUGGGAACCAUAAUGAAGACCAUGGAGUAACAAGCUUCAAAUUAGCAGCUAGCUGAUUAGCUUCUCACUGCACAACACACCUCCCUCCAUCUAGUCCCCUCCAUCUGUGGGCCCCCCACCCAGCCAUGGCGGACCCAGGGAUGUUGAGUUUAUUUGGGGACGAUGCAGGGCUGUUCUCCGAUGGAUUAGAUGGUUUAGGAGGCUGCUUUCCUCAGCAGCCUGCCCCUGGCCAGUCCAAUCCUCUAACCCAGCAGACUAAUCCCUCUCUGAACCAUGAGCACCAGGGAAACAGGGGUUACCACCAGGGGAUGAUCCAUGGCGCUGGGACUGGUGCAGGGCAGCCUAAAUUGGGGCAAAUGUAUGACCACAGCCCAUACACAGGUUACGAUCAAUCUGGUUCCCCUGGAGGACGACUGAUGGCCCAGAAUGGUCCCAGCCAGGGGCCACCAAAUGUGAAUGCAGCCAUGAAUGGCAUGGCUUCCCACUACCAUAACAACCCAGCUAGCUCCAGCAACCCCCACCAUGGGUACCCAGGUGAUGCUGGGGCAGGAGGAGGUGGGGGUGGAGUUUGGGGCCAGCAGCAGCAGAGCAGAUCAGCUUAUCAACAGCCUCCAACACAACCAGGGGGCGGUUCCAAUCAGAUAGGAGGCUACCAGAUGUCUCAAGGCAACUAUGGGAUGCAAGGCCCGCCUACACCCAAUGCAACUCGCAUGAACCAACACUACCCUCCACAGAGCAUGGCACCCCCUCCUGCUCAGGACCCAUCUCACUACCUGGGACAUGUUGGAAUGGGGGGGUCACAGAUGAGACACCCCCAGCCACAACCCCAGGGCUAUCCCAACAUGGGUCACACACCGCGAUACCCACACUCCCCCUCCCGACAGCCCCCACACACCCACCAGCACCAACAGGGCUUGGCGGGGUUUGGGGGAGGCCAGUACCCCGGCUAUCAGGCCCAGUAUGGAGCCAUUGGACCUGGGAUGGGUCAGAGUCCUAAUACUAACGUCAGUACUAACACCAGCCAGGCCAUGGGACCAGGGCAGCUUGGCCAGAGGUUUAACCAGGGAUCAGGCCCAGCAGCAGGGCAGCAGGGGCAGCGAUAUCCCCCUGCACCACCACACCAACCCCAGCCCCUUCAAACCCAUUCUACCCCUAUGCAGCAGCAGGCAGGACAGCAGGGCCAGCCUAUGCACCCCCUAAACCACACCCAGCACCCCCAGAAUGUGCCCCAGUCUCAAAACCAACCCCAGUCCCACCUUGUCCCCUCAGCUCAGGGAUCUUACCCCUCCCCCUCGUCCAUGUCCCCCAUGCGGGUUUUGGGAACCCCAACCCCUCCUCCCCAGCAGGGCAGACCCCCUAGCGCAGGACUAGCUGGGCCCUCAGAGGUUGCAGGGUACACAGCCUUGCAGUCUCCACCCAAUUCUAUGCCCCAUCCACAGAGAACUCCCCAGACCCCUCUAUCUGCCCCACACCCCCAACACCAGCAGCCCCACAACAUGCCCACCAAUGCAGGGCAGAUGUAUCCCGGCAUGGGGCCACAGCGUGGUCCACAAAUUGGUCCAAACAGACCUCAGCUACAGCAACAGCAAGGACCUCAUGAAGCUCCAGUCAGCCAGGGGGGGGACCAGCGUCUGCUCCAGGCACAGCAGCAGGCCUCUCGAAGCGGGCAACCCCUGCAGUCUGCUCCCAUGGGUUUCCACGGUCCACCUAUCAGUCAACAAGGAGCUCCGGCCUCAAACCAGGGCUUAGCACCGCCCACCCAGAAUGCUCAGACACAGCACACACACCUGCCCCCCCACCACCUACAGAGCACAGCCCCUCAAUCCAACCAGGGAUCAAACCCAUGGGCACCUACAGCUCCUGCCUCCCACCCGCUCUCCUCUCCCCCUCUUACUCCACAGAAAGUGCCUCACAUACAGUCUGUCCUGAUUGGGAUGCUUUCUCAGCUUGUCCCUUACAGUUUGUCAGAUGAGAGCUACAUUAGCAAAAGCAAAGAGUUGAAGGCAUUUGUGUAUGAGGGAGUCAGAGCCCGUUUUAUCCCAAGGAAGAGGGAGGGCCAAAGCAGCAGGCAGGGGUCAGCGCUGGGGGAGGUGUGUGUGUGCGCGGGCGUAUGCAUUCAUCGGCCACUGGAGAAGAGUCGGGGGCGGGGAAUGUGGGAGGCCUAG